CUUGAUAUUUAAUAUUUUCAGAUUUUUACAAAACAAAAUGGAGGUUGACGAACCGAUAGUUGACUGGCCAGGACGCUGGUCCCAUGUCCGUAAGAUCUUGGAGCGUCGAGGACCUCUUACUCCGGCAUCCUUCGAUCCUUCUCCGGGUAUACUGGAGUUCCUCCUGGAGAACUGUAAGAUACUUGUGAUCGGAGCCGGAGGGUUGGGUUGCGAACUCUUGAAGAACCUUGCUCUCAUGGGGUUUAGACAGAUUACUGUGAUAGACAUGGAUACCAUAGACCUGUCCAACCUGAACCGGCAGUUCUUGUUCCGCCAGAAGGAUGUUGGCAGAUCCAAGGCAGAGGUUGCGGCGGAGUUUAUAAAUAAAAGAAUCCCAGGCUGUAAUGUUACUCCACAUAAUUGUAAAAUUCAGGAUUUUGACGAGAGUUUUUACCGAGGAUUUCAUCUAGUAGUGAGUGGGCUAGAUAGUAUAGUAGCCAGACGAUGGAUAAACGGUAUGCUGAUCUCUAUGCUUGAGUAUGACGAUGAUGAUGAACUAAUCAGAUCAUCUCUCAUCCCCCUCAUUGACGGGGGGACGGAGGGGUUCAAAGGAAAUGCUCGAGUAAUUCUGCCUGGUCUUACUGCCUGCAUAGACUGUACGCUAGACCUCUUCCCUCCGCAGAUUAACUUCCCGCUUUGCACCAUAGCCCACACACCUCGCCUACCGGAGCACUGUAUAGAAUACGUCCGUCUCCUCCUCUGGCAGAAAGAGAACCCAUUUGGAGAGGAUACGUCCAUAGACGGAGACGAUCCAAACCACAUUUCCUGGAUUCUAGAGAAAUCUGUAGAACGCGCCGGUCAGUACGGUAUUCACGGAGUAACAUACCGACUCACCCAGGGGGUCAUUAAAAACAUCAUCCCUGCCGUUGCUUCAACCAAUGCUGUGAUUGCAGCCGCAUGUGCCAACGAGGUGUUUAAACUUGCAACCUCCUGCUGCAACCCCCUGAACAACUACAUGGUGUUCAACGACGCCGACGGGAUCUACACCUUUGUGUACGAGCAGGAGAAGAAUCCGUCCUGCCUAGCGUGUAGUAAUAAACCCCAAAGAUUAGAGUUCUCACCUUCAGAUAAACUUCAACAAAUCAUUGAUUAUCUCAUCAAUACUCCAACCUUUCAGAUGAAGGCGCCAGGGAUCACAACUAGCGUGGACGGAAAGAACAAGACCUUGUACAUCCAGACUGUUUCCAGUAUAGAGGAGAGAACCCGUCCUAACCUGAAAUUAUCCUUGUCAGAGUUGGGUCUCCAGGACGGAUCUGAGCUGGUUGUAGCAGAUUCCACUUCUCCGUCCUCAAUCCUAUUCACUCUCAAAAUGGUUUAAUUAGAAUACAGAGAACGCAUCUGACAUUGAUUACUAACCAGGAAACAAGGUUCAACAGUUUCCAUGAGGCGUUUUUUUUAUUUAAUCUUGAUUUUAAAAAAUUAAAAUUCACUUUUUGUCUUCAAGGCUACAAGGAGAUUGGUUGAAAAUGAUAUUGAAUGUCAUUUUUAGACAAAGCUUGUGCUUUGCAACUGUCUUCUUUCCAUUAGGUGAGGUAUACCUAGUCCUCCUUAUAAUUCUAGCGAUUCUCUGUCUAUAAUUUUGAUCUUUACUAAGAGAAACAAUGUUGGUUAUUAUGUACUAGAAUGUACUGUUAUCACAGAUAAUAAAACCUUGCGUGUACACUGUGCAUUUACACAGUACAAGGAAGCCAACUUCAAACCUUGCCUUGGCAAUUAGAGCAUACAAAAAAUAGAAAUAGACACGGUUAUAACCUACUUGUAAGAAUGACUAGAAAAUACCAAACGCCUGAAAUGUCUGAUCGUACCAUGAUAAGUUAAAAGUUUUUCUUGUCGUCGCCUGUUACAGGGUUACGUUUACUCAAAAUAAUGUGAUUCUUUGGAUCAAGACAUUUGGUGAGAUCUUGGUCAAUUAAUAGUACACAAAGCAAUAUUGAUAAUUAAAGAUAUCAGUGUAAAAUCAAUAUCGUUAUUAAUCUAAGAAUCCUUGUUGCUUUGAAUGUUAAAAUGUAUGGAUGAACUUGAAUCAGUUCAAGUCUCGGUGAUAAGUGCAGUUCAAGUCUCGGUGAUAAGUACAUAAGCUCAUAAGCAGUGCAUAGUAUUCGGGUCCGGAUCCUCAAAAAUAUGCGAUCCACGGAUCCGGAUCCAAGGGGCAAAAUAUUAACCAAACCCUGUUAGAAAUUUUGCUCCCAAAAUACUAAUCUUAAUUGUUGAAAAAUGAGAGAUUAUUAAAAUCUUAUAAUCUAUGAAUGGUUCAACAAGUUUCAGCCAAAAAUUAAGUUAAAAAGAAAGAAGAAAAAUUUAAUAUUUUUCAGUGGUUCAAAAAAUCAGUAAAUCUUAAUGAAAUGUUCAUAUCCUGGAUCCGAGUACGGAUUGGAUCCGGAUCCAUUUUCUAAAGGCGGAUUCAUGAUCCGGAUUUCAAGAAUUAAAUGGAUCUUAAGCACUGAUGUUAAGUCAUCAGCUGGAAUUUGUAGUUACAAAUUGCCUUAUUUGUGUACCCUUAUUUUUUAAAACUUAUAUAAACGAUAACAAAUGUGA